UCUAAAUUUAAGUACUCAGUCGGUAUUAUCCAUUCGUCAACAGCUGAUGGUUGUUUUGAUCUAUUUUUUAUCUGUGUGCCGGAUUUCAUUGUGUCGGUGUUGGUGAAAAAUAGUGCCAUUUACCAUGUCAUCGGACAAAACGUUCUCUAGGAUUCAUGUCGUCGAGAUGAAGACAUUUUAGAGUGUUCAAGAAACAAUCUUCUCGUUUUAGAAAUCAAUAAAAUGUCACCUAAGAUACAGCCAGAUAGCCUAGAAAAAGGUUGUUAUAAAAAACUGACAUUUAGUUUAAUAAACGCCCUAAUAGAUGAAGAAAACAUUGAAAGUAUCAGAGAAUAUUUAAGUUGUGCUCCGUACGUUGUGCUGGAAACUCUACUGAAAGAAAUUUUAAAAUCGUCGGACUUAGAAGAGAAUAUCAGGUUUAACUCCUUGCAGAUGUUAUUGAGAGAGGACGUGAAAAGCUUGGAGACAGACAUGUUUCCCAAAUUUUACCAUAAACGAAUAUUAGAGAUAAUAUUGGAAAGAGGAUUGAGACUGCAGAACCUUAAUUUGAAGGGCUUAUGGGCUAGAGAUUGCCCUAAAUUAUUAUGCGAUCUCAUCAGUAAUCUUAAUGAGCUGAAAUGCUUGGAGAUACCUCAUAUAGCUGACGAUUCUGUGAUAAAAUCUCUGAAUAACUUGAAGUAUCUUAACGUUCUGAAUAUAUCUGGAGAUGCUUACUACAGUGAAGAAGGUUUAAAGGCAUUUAAAAACGAGUCACUGGUGGUACUGGAUAUAGGAAACUAUGGAAAUAAAGACCUAGGCUUCGGGGUAGAAACCAGCAUCUCUCUGGUGGCUGCUCUAAUAGAAAAUCUCCCAAAUUUAGCCGUGUUAAAAACCUACUCAUUCGCUGGUCACGCUCUUCAAUUACUACACCGUAAAAAUCCAGAUUUUGUCACGAAACUUACGUAUGUUUACGACACUGAUACAACCCUGGAUGUUUUCGAUGCCAUAGUUGCCACCUGUCCUAAGCUAAACUAUGCUUAUUUUCACACACCUUGUGAAGGAGUGGUUGAACAGUUUCAUCGUUUGAAGGAUCUACAUACGUUGAAAUUGACACAAGGGAACACAAAUGAACUUAUUAAGUACCUAAGCCAGUCACAAAACAAACUUGAGGUACUCAAAAUAAAUCACAAUAAGCUAGAUGCUUUGGACAUAGGACUUCUGGCUAGAUAUGCUGAGAACCUUAAAACUCUAGAGUGUUAUUACAUGAAUCUGGAAUUCCCCAACCUAGAUAAAUUAACUUUUAGGUAUUUAAGUAAAAUACAACUCAUUUACUGUGAUAUUAGUGAUAAGGAUGUUAUGUCUCUGAUGGUCAGUACUCCUGAAGCAAUUUCAAUCCAUAUUGGAUCUUCUGUGGAUUUUACCGAUGAAGAUAUACUAAGGUUAGUUACUGAACACAACUUUCCGCAACUAGAAGAACUGAUUUUUAGCUACGCAAGCAAUUUGACUGACUUAUCAGUGGAGUUACUGGUUACGACUUGUUGGAAUUUGAAAGUGUUGGGGACACUGUCCGAAUGGAAUAUAAGUGAAUUGGAAUUUAUAACAUUAAAGUUGUUAUUUCAGUCAACCAAUACCGAUGUCACAUUAUUACCAUUGUUAAAAAUAUACUAACUAGAAGGAUUACAAUCAGAUGAAUUUUACUGGUAUAUGGAGGGGAGGAUAAAAUCCAUUUAAAUUACUUUUGAAAUUUUCCUAUGGCAUAGCACAUAUUUGUUACCAAUUACACUUUUAGUUACGUAAUCGAAGGAGCGAUUUUUAAAUUCAUUAUUGGCCAAUCGUGGACUUAUUCGGCGUCGGGCUGACUAACUGGAAUUUAAAUUUCCCGCUGUCUCACAUUUAUUUAUUUAUUUCCUGACAUUAUUAUUCGUUUUUUGUAUUGCGAGUUUUUGGUUUAAAUCACUAAACAUCUCCCUUAGAAUUUUGACUUAUAUGUCAUGAAAUGAAAAUAAAAAAAGCGCCCCCUUGAGUUUGUUCGCGCACUAAAUUCAUGAAAUAUCGAUCCCUAUAUUUAGUUUAAUUUUUUUUUGAAUAUUACAC